UGCCCUGUGAUUUAUAAUAAGGCCUAAAUAUUUAUUUUUUUUCUGCAGGUGCAUCAGGUGUUGAUACAGAUGGAGUGUCAGUGUUUGUGAUGGAGGGAGAUUCUGUCACUUUGCACACUGAUGUUUCAAAAACCCAACAAGAGAGAAUUAAAUGGUAUUUUAAUGGCACGUGUGUGGCUGCAAUUAAUGGUGAUCUCAGUCAAAUCUGUGCAAAUGAUCAAUGUCAUGAUGAUAAAGAAAGAUUCAGAGAUGGAAUGAAGCCGGAUCAUCAGACUGGAUCUCUGACCAUCACAAACAUCAGAACCACAGACUCUGGACUCUAUAAACUACAGAUCAUAAACAACAGCAGCAGCGUUAGAAAAGAUCUUCAGUGUUACUGUCCGUGGUGUUUCUGCUGCAGAAACAGAUCAAGUAAAAACAAAAUCAGUGAUGGAGGGAGAAUCUGUUACUUUAGACACACGUGUACUAAAAAAAUCAAAUGAUUUCAUAGCAUGGUAUUUUAAUGACAUUCUCAUCGCUGAAAUCAUUGGACAUCUCAGAUAUGUCUGUACAGAUGAACACUGUACUAAAGAUACUGAGAGGUUCAGAGAUAGACUGAAGUUGGAUCAUCAGACUGGAUCUCUGACCAUCAUGAACCUCAGAACCACAGACUCUGGAGAUUAUCAUCUACAGAUCUUCAGCAGCAACUUCAGCUUUAGCAGCAUAAGAAGCUUCAGUGUUACUGUCACUGAUGUUUUUGGUGUUGAGACCGACGGAGGAUCAGUGUUCGUGAUGGAGGGAGAUUCAGUCACACUACACAGCGGUGUUAAAAAAAGCCAACAGGACAGAAUUGGGUGGUAUUUUAAUGACACUUUCAUCGCUCAAAUCAAUGGAAAUCUAAAUACAUUUUUUAGAUUUACAGACAGACUGGAGCUGGACAAUCAGACCGGAUCUUUGACUAUCAUGAAAAUCACAAACACAGACUCUGGACUUUAUAAACUACAGGUCAUCAGCAGCAGCAUCAGUCAAAAGAUCUUCAGUGUUUCUGUCCGUGAUGUUCCUGGUGCAAAGACACAUCAAAUGAAGACAAUGCCAGUGAUGGAGGGACAGUCUGUCACUUUAGAUCCUGGUGUAAUGAAAAAACCAAAUGACUUGAUGACAUGGUAUUUUAAUGACAUUUGCAUUGCUGAAGUCAGUGGAGAUCUCAGUUAUAUCUGUACAGAUGUUCAGUGUAAAGAUGCUGAUGAAAGAUUUAGAGACAGGCUGAAACUGGAUCAUCAGACUGGAUCUCUGACCAUCACAAACGCCAGAACCACAGACUCUGGAGUUUAUAAAUUGGAGAUAAACAGCACCAAUAGCAGCAUUCGUCGUCGCCGCAGCAGCAGUAUCAGCAUCAGCAGCUGUAAGAGCUUUAGUGUUGCCGUCAUUGAAUCAGGUCAAUCUGUAGCAGGAAUAUGUGCUUGUGUUGGCAUUUUUCUUCUGGUUUCUGUAGCUGUAUCUGCUGGUGUGAUUUACUGCCGCCAUAAUAACUCUACACAACCAGGACAGAAUGAGCAUCAUGUUGAACACUCAUCUCCUAAUAUGGCUGAGAUUCCACUGAUGACUGUUCCCAAUGAAUCAUCACCUAACCAGACUGAGGCUGCCAGUGUGACAUCAACGUAACAUUAUCUUUUACUUCAAUAAGUCAUUAAAAGAGAAUGACACAGAAAAUUCUCACAGUGUCAUAAUAGUAAGAUUUCAAUAGUCAGAACAAGGGAUGGGUGGUUAUGAUAAUGUUAAAGCUACAGCAUGACUGGCUACUAGAUGACUGUGCUGUUUGGCCAAAUUCUAUCACACUCUGUCAUGUGUCCUUUGUGUGUGCUGACUUAUUUGAAAAACAAUACAAUGUAAGCUAGCAGAAGGGCUGUGUGAUGAAUCAGAUUUUAGAUUCACUUUCGAUUUUGAAAAUCAAGGUAAAACUUGCCAUUGCUUUCCUUUAAAGUAGCGCACAUUCAACCCUCCUUAGAACCCUAAACUUAAUGUCCAAAUCAGACAAAUAAUGUAAAAAAAAUUGUUUUGGUCAUCAUUAAGUUUCAUCGUAAAAUAUAUUUCCAAAAAAAGCUAUUUUAGUUUUUAGUUUUGUACUUUUAGUUUCAGUGUUAAAACUGACAGUGUGAACACUAAGUGAACCAGGAUUAAAUAUAGCAUUUCUUUUAUUGGUCCAGACCAAAAGAACCAAGAGAACACACCCUUAACUAGAAUGCCUCGUUUGGUCAACCACCUUAAAUGAUCAUUCUGGUUUAUUUUGGGCUCUACUUGAAUAUGUUUUCAUGCUUGCCUGUUCAAUAACACAUAUCUGACAUAUUUCACAUUUUUCACAUAAUUAUUUGAUGCAAUUGCAGCACCUCUCUGGGGUGCGUUUCCCGUACAACGACGUAACUCACUGAUUAACCUCCAUAGUACGAUGCAUUGUUGUGGAAAUGAUCUAGCCAGUCACGGCUGUUUCCCAAACACGGUCACAUCUCUGUCGUUUGAACCACAUUAGUUCAACAAUGUAGGGCCGUUGUUAAUGACAACACCGAGAAAUAAUUUAUGCCAUUUAACUUGUUAGAGAUCUCUCAAAAGCAGCUAUAUUAUACAUGGCAACUUUAAAGUUGUCCAAAUGAAGCACUUAGCAAUGCAUAUUACUAAUCAAAAAUUCUAAAUUCAAAAGUUUUCAUAUAUUUACAAUAGGUAUUUUACAAAAUAUCUUCAUGGAACAUGAUCUUUACCUAAUUUCCUAAUGUUUUUUGGCAUAAAAGAACAAUCAAUAAUUUUGACCCAUACAAUGUAUUUUUGGCUAUUGCUACAAAUAUACCCCAGCGACUUAAGACUGGUUUUGUGGUCCAGGGUCACAUGUCUUACUAACAAGGAAAUAUGCUUCUAACCACAGGUCGAGAGCUGUAGCUCCAGCCACAUUUGUGACACUGUUUGCGAAUGUUCGUUUGAACUAUUUUUUUGGGAAACAGCUAAUCAUUGAACCAAGCUAACGAUGCUUUUGGGAAACGCACCCCUGUUUAGUUCCUUCGAAAAACUGCAAUGAGCUCUGAUUGGUCAGCUGGACAAGUGUGUUGUAAUUGGUCAACCGCUUUGAGCGUCUUUAGGAAAUGCCACUCCCCUUAGUAUAACCAUUAGUUUUAACACAUUGCCGGCACAACUCAACAACUCAUCCAGGCCUUCCUGAAAGAAAGAGUUUAGAAACAGCGCUUACUGUUUGGAGUGGCAACAAGAACCGGUUUUGAUGUUAAAAAUGUCUGCAGAUACUUUAAUGUCAUUACGUAUUUUUACAGUGUUUUCCACCAGUUGUACUUUUUCUUUUUUGUCAGUGUACACAGGGUUUUUAAGGUAGGAUCCUAAUAGAUAAGCACCUAUUAUUGUGAUAUAAAUGUUUCCAGUAAAGCCAUUUACAUGUCAGAGCUAAUGUAGUUUAAUAUGCUAAAGUCCUCAUACGAGUUUGUACUGUACUAUAUCUUGCCAUGAUGUAAAUCAGUGAGAUCUGAACAAUAAUGUUUGAUUUUUUUUGUUUGUUUGUUUAAGUUUUCAGUAAGCUGUUGAAAUAUUGCAAGUUAUCAGCCUGCAUAAGCAGGUUUUGUUGUACUGUAAUAUAUUACUUUUCAAUUUGAGUGAAGAACUUUAUAUUUAUAUAUAUUUUUUGUAUAUGUUUAGAUAUUUUUAAUAAUGUAAUAUUUUUUGUAUUUAAAAUGAACCCACAUAAACACUUCUGAUGAAUGCUAUUAAAAC